AAACCGUCUGCAUAGUACAGUCCUCUCAUAUCAAAACAAACUCAACUUCAAUUAUUCUGCAGAUUAAUUUGAACAGUGAAAAAUGUCGAUAGGUGUCGAUGCGCCGGCCACGAUUGUAUUCAGUCUCUUCUAUUUUAUAUUUUGUAUAGGUUUUGUUUACCAGAGUAAAGAGUUUGUAGGGUUGGGUCUGAGCCCGGAGAAUAUCCUGAGUAUAAAGGAUUGGGUUGGAAGCGAAGAGAUGGAUUUUGUAAACUUUCAAAUCAGAAGAAGCUGCGGUACUUUCAUACUGCACUCUUUACUCCCAUUCGGAUACUUGAUUGGCUACAGUUAUGUAACAACACAGCUAGAUGGUAACUAUUCAAGUAUGACUCUAUUUUGGAGAGCCUGGCCCCAGAUGCUAAACGGUUUGGUUGUUUCUGUUCUUAUUCCAGCUGCUCUACUUUCUCUUGUUUGGUAUUGGUAUACAACUGGUUGGAAGGAUCACCCUCUAGUAAAGAAAAUGAGAAUAUAUUCAGAGGACUGGAAAUCUUUAUCUAAAGAUCUUAACACUGAGUUUAGACGGAUAGAUAAGAUCUCCCUGUCGUUGAACCCCCUGGAGAGGUUGGUUGUGACGGACAACUGGAUUCUUCUCCUUGGGCCCUGGCCCUGGUCCCUUCAUAUAAGCCAUCAGUCGGAUUCUAGUUUAAAGCUUCUUAACUACGACAACCACAACAUAUCUACUGAGGGAGAACUAGGGGGGACUCAGUUCUUACAUAUUGAGGUUCAAAGCCGGAAGCCCGGAAUUUCUAGUUUUCGGUUCCGGUUGAAUUCCCUGGAAUAUCAAAAUCUUCAAGACAAACUUACAGAAUCAAUUCAGAAUAUCAAAAGUAUCACAAUUUACAAAACAGUUAGUGAACGAUUUUUAGAUGUUUUCAAGGAACAAGUAGCCCAGAAUGAUAAGGUAUCAGUUGCAGAUGAAUUAGAAUCAUGUAUAGGUUGUAUGGUGGAGACUGCUAAUGUAAAGCUCAACAGGAUCUGUGAAAGCAGUAGUGCUGGAGAGGGGGUAGAGGAUAGAUGUGUUAACUGUUACUGUAGACCUAUGUGGUGUAUUGACUGUCUCGGCAAAUGGUGGGCGUCCAGACAGGAUCAGAGUAAACCAGAAACAUGGCUGGGGGCUAGGUGUCCCUGCCCCACCUGCAGGAGUAUGUUUUGUAUGUUAGAUGUGAGCCUAAUAACUCCAGGAUAAUCAGAAAUUGUCCCUUUACAGAGGUUAAGUGGGCUUAUAUGGGAGGAUAAGCUUGUAAAGGGAUUCAUGUCUUAUUCACAAAUGUACCCAGUUAAACCAUUGUUGAAUUUUAAAUAUGGAAUAUAUGUCGUUUUUCACUUUUAAAAAGAUACAAAUUCUGAACACUUACCAAUUUUC